AUGGGCCUCCCAGAGCCGACGGCGCUGCCAAAAGGUAUCCUGAAAAACUCCAGCACCGUAUAUGACGAAGUAGCUAGCUAUUCUACCUUGCCACCGGACAAGGUGUACCGAUACUGGCACGUAUACACGACAACGAACAAGAAGCUCAAGGAUCCCACUGCUCGCCGUCUGGAGAACUUUUGGUGGCAUGUUUGGGGCAGUGACCGGUCCAAGCUCAGUGGGCGUGUCCUCGCCCGAAUAUUCCAGGACAUUUCUCUUGGUCCGACCGUUGUCCCGCUUAAGGGACCUCCGAAUCGAUGGGAAGGGCCAAACAAAGACUCAAAACCCAAUGGCAAAUCUGCGGUACGAUCCUCCUCCAGCACUCUUCAUUCUUUACAGCUACCUCCUAUUCUCAAGAAGGGCAUGCAUCGGCCAGCAACCGAGCAAAUCUACAAGCACGCGACAUGUUUCAAAGGCCUCAGUCGCCGACGGAUUCUCACGAGCUAG